GCGCGGCGGCAGUGCGACGUGUGCGCAGGCGGUGGGUGGCGGUGGCGCUGCCGCAGCCCGGCCCGGCCGCGCCAUGCUCGACUUUUUCACCAUCUUCAGCAAGGGCGGCCUGGUGCUUUGGUGCUUCCAGGGCGUGCGCGGGCCCGCCGCCGCCGCCACCGCGCCCGUCAACGCCCUCAUCCGCUCCGUCCUGCUCCAGGAGCGGGGUGGCAACAAUUCUUUCAACCAUGAGGCUCUCACGCUCAAGUACAAACUGGACAACCAGUUCGAGCUCGUGUUUGUGGUGGGAUUUCAGAAGAUCCUGACGCUAACCUACGUAGACAAGUUGAUAGAUGACGUCCACAAGGAGUUCAGAGAUAAAUACCGCAAUGAGUUCCAGCAGAAAGGCACUCUGGGCCUCCUAAAUGGCACCUUUGAUUUUAAAGAUGACUUUUUGCGCCUCCUCCGGGAAGCAGAGGAAAGCAGUAAAGUCCGAGCUCCCACCGUAAUGAAGACAUUUGAGCAGUCGUUGAAGUCUCAGAAGACUGUCAAGUGUAUGAUAGAAACCCGAGGGGAGAAACCAAAGGAGAAAGCCAAGAACAAGAAGAGCAGAGGUUCUAAAAAGGAGGGAACCGAAGCUGUUGGAGCCUCCAAUAAAGCAGCUCCAGGUGAAAAGCAGCUCUCUGCAGCUGGGGACAAGGAAGAAUUGACCAAGGAUGAAAUACUGCAAAAGAACCGGGAGGAAUUCUUCAAGAAACACAUGAAAGCAGGAGAGAGGUCGAGCAAGUCUCCAAAGCCUGAGGCUCAGAAGGAGAAGGGGAAGAAACCCCGUGUAUGGGAUCUGGGGAACUCUAAUGCCAAAGUACUCGAUUACAGUAACUCCACUACCAACGGAAGCUCAGAGGCUUGUCCUGCGGAGGAAUUUGACCCUGAUAUAGCCCUGGGGGAUCGAAAUCGGGAGCCUGGCCGCCUCUACGACCUUGAAUACGAGAGCGAUGAAGAACCUGAAGAGGAGAAGGUUAUCCAGAACCCUUCGAAACCAAGCACAAAGAAGGGUGGCCUGGGAGGCAUGUUUGGCAUGCUGAAAGGCCUGGUGGGAUCCAAAAGCCUGACAAGAGAGGACAUGGACCCGGUGCUGGAGAAGAUGAAGGAUCACUUGAUUGCAAAAAACGUGGCAGCUGAGAUUGCGGUCCAGCUCUGUGAGUCGGUGGCUAAGAAACUGGAAGGGAAAGUGAUGGGAACGUUCACCACGGUGACCUCGACAGUGAAGCAGGCCCUGCAAGAGGCUCUAGUGCAGAUCCUGCAGCCCCAGCGCCGUGUGGACGUCCUCCGGGAUGUCAUGGACGCCCAGCGUCAUCGCCGGCCUUACGUGGUCACUUUCUGCGGUGUCAACGGUGUUGGGAAAUCCACCAACCUGGCCAAGAUCUCCUUCUGGCUGAUCGAGAAUGGUUUCAGUGUCCUGAUUGCCGCCUGCGACACGUUCCGUGCCGGAGCGGUGGAGCAGCUCCGCACGCACACCCGCCGCCUCAAUGCCCUGCACCCCCCGGAGAGCCACGGCGGGCGGACCAUGGUGCAGCUCUACGAGAAGGGCUACGGGAAAGACGCGGCGGGCAUUGCCAUGGAGGCCAUUACUUACGCUCGUAACCAGGGCUUUGACGUGGUCCUGGUGGACACCGCCGGCCGCAUGCAGGACAAUGCUCCCUUGAUGACGGCUCUCGCAAAGCUCAUCGCAGUCAACGCUCCCGACCUGGUCCUCUUCGUUGGGGAAGCUCUGGUGGGAAACGAGGCCGUGGAUCAGCUGGUCAAGUUUAACAAGGCCCUGGCUGAUCACUCCAUGGCCCAGACGCCUCGGCUCAUUGACGGGAUUGUGCUCACCAAGUUCGAUACCAUCGACGACAAGGUUGGGGCCGCGAUCUCCAUGACGUACAUCACGAGCAAGCCCAUCGUAUUUGUUGGUACUGGACAAACCUACUGUGAUCUGCGUAGCCUUAACGCCAAGGCUGUGGUCGCAGCGCUCAUGAAGGCCUAAAACCAGUUAUUGCACCAAAUUGCUGUUUGCAGAUGUCUCGGAAGAACAUGCUUUACCCUGUGACUGACUAGUCUUUCCAGUGUAGUGCAAGACAGAAUGAAGGGAUGCCAGUGUGAGGGGCUACAGCGGCCCGGCUUGCCUGUGACUACCCCCUAAUGCACGCUCUCACCGGCUGCAUGAGUUUAAACUUGGAAGGAGGGUGUUGUCGUUGAUCAUGUUGUGCUUACUCCGGUUAGCUCCAUGCUCCCGCCAUAUUUAUUGACUAUAGUUUAUUUUUGGAUAAAACUUGUCUUUUCCGGUUGGAGCGUUCAUACCCGGUCAAUUCUGUGGCUUCAUCCCGUGCCAGCCCUUCCCCUGGAUUCCUUCAUUCUGUCCAAGCGCCUCGGCCUCCUUCGCUUGGAGGCCGAGGGCAGAGCUUUGUAUUGUUCAUAGCGCGAGGACCGGCCGUGCUUUGGGGCUGUGCUGUUGCUAGCAGCACAGGGCAGGUGGCGACUGUCCGAGGCGGUUGUUGAGGGCAGGUGUGAGGCUGGGAGCUGCUGUUGGCUGCCGGACCAUCCCGCAGGGAUGCAGGCGUGUUUCCUCGCAGAGCUCGGGGCAAGCGAGUGCCGCAGCAGCCUCUGCGGAACGGGAAGCGGAACCCGCUCAUGCUUUCUGCCGGCUUGGGCUGGGGCAGCUCACCAAAGCUGACAAACCAAAAAUUGCCGCAGGCCCUCCGCAGCGCUGGGCAAGCCGGGGCCGGAGGGGAGAGGUUAAGUUGCCUUAAGGUCCCUGUACCCCACUGGCAGAAGCUCCUGGGGGGCUGCUGCACUUGCCUGUGGGGGGAGAGGCAGACGGAGGGGUCCGUGUCUCUGCCGUUGGCAGCAAAGGGGAGGGCAGAUGCCUUCCCCAGGGUUACUUGCUGCCUCAACUAUGCUAGCAAAGAGGGGAAAAAAAGAAAUUACUGGAAGACAACGGUAGCUGCUUGCUGCUUUCCUGUGCCCUUUCUCCCUCCCUUUAGAGUGCCUCUUGCUCCUGGUCUGAAGUGCUGCAGUGGAUAAUACAAAACUCUUAACGAUGUCUUGUAGCUCUGUAUUGCAGAUGUGCUAUAGUGCAAUAAAUUGAAUGCUGUCUGCUAAGAGACAUAAUUUAUAUAAAUAAACUUCAUAAUUUGU